GGUCGAACGCUCGAACAGGUGCUAUGCGUCAUCCGCCAUAACGUUGAUUGGGAUAAGUGAAAUCGUUUUGAAAGUAUUAUUAAGAAAACAGUGAUUUGUUUAGUGUUUCAUCUUUAAUAUUGUUUUUUAUAUGUGGAAACGGACAUGACUGAGUGGUACAGAAUGAAAACAGGACUAAACAAUAAGCACAAUUCGUCUGAAUUGUCUGUCGAGACAUCUUGUGACAUGUCGGAUCCUUUUAACAUAUUUUCUGAUAAUUUGAGCCCGAUACCAGCGUCCAUUGUGCCUAGGAAGCUAGAUUUUAGUAAUCUGGACGAUGAUGACGGCAUCAGAGAUGAAUCCCAGGCGCCUGUAUCUCACAGCCCACCUUAUAAGAGAGUCAGAGCCUUGAGGUUGUUCGACAGUCCUCACACUCCAAAGACGCUCUUAGAGAAGUGUUCGACACCGACUCAUCAUCCGCCCAGGACGAGACUGUUCCCGCCCAAGAUCAACGUGCAAACAGGAAUGCCAUCAGGCUCGAGCCACCACCUCCAUCCGCCAUCUGGUGACGACGACAGCGCGCUCGGCAGUCUACCCCCGGACGAACUGGACGAGUCCCGGCUGACCGUAAGGCGUCCUAUUGCCAACAUCAAUCCUUUCACGCCUGAUGGUCAAGCGUUAAACAAAAAGAAACGUGCCUUAUCCAAGACUCCGACCUGGGACGGCACGCCCGAGCAGCCGGCCAAAAGACUAAGGGAAUCGAAUAUAUCCCGUUACAACGUGGAGUUCAUAGAGCUGGGAGUCAUCGGACGCGGGCAGUUCGGGCGCGUCACCCGGUGCGUCAACAAACUGGACGGCUGCGUCUACGCCCUCAAGCGCUCCCUGCGCCCCGUGGCGGGCUCCGCCGCCGAGCGCGCCGCCCUCACCGAGGUAUACGCGCAUGCCGCCCUGGGGAAACAUCCGCACGUGGUCAGAUACUACUCGGCCUGGGCGGAGGACGAUCACAUGAUAAUCCAGAACGAGUACUGCGACGGAGGCUCCUUACAGCUGAAGAUGGAGGACGGGCCGCUGCCGGAGAGCGAACUCCUCAUACUACUCUCACACAUAGCUGCAGGACUCGCCUAUAUACACUCCCAGCAACUAGUACACAUGGACGUGAAGCCCGGUAACAUAUUCAUAUGCAGCGGUGACGUGGACGCCUGCAGGGAGUCAGACGACGGCUACGACGACGAGGAACCAGCUCCUAAUCAUAAAUAUAAAAUCGGUGACCUAGGUCAUGUGACAUGUGUAUCUUCGCCCGCUGUAGAGGAAGGCGACUGCAGGUACCUACCCAAGGAAGUCUUACACGAAGACUUUUCGCAGUUACCUAAAGCUGACAUAUUUGCUUUUGGUUUGACGUUAUUCGAGGCAGCUGGAGGGGGACCAUUACCUAAAAACGGACAAAAAUGGCACGAUUACAGGGACGGAAAAUUACCAGAUUUGCCAAACUUGUCCAGAGAGUUCAAUGAUCUCCUCAAGAGCAUGGUGGACCCGUCUCCGAGCGCGCGUCCGUCAGCGCGUCGCCUGCGUCGCAUGGCGUGGCGGGGCGGGGCGUGGCGCGGCGUGGCGGCGCCGAUCAAGUCGCGGGCGCAGCUACGGCGCGAGCUCGCCGCCGCCAACAUGAAGAACGAGUUGCUCGCCAGGAAGCUACACGAUGCUGCCAAAUGCAUCAAGUCGUUGACCCCCAGCCUCGAGUCCAGCAAGUUCCGGACGCGCUCCGCCGCCAAGAGGACGCAGAAGCCGCGAAUCGACACUUGCCUCUCUGACUAAAUUAAGUAUGACGUCCCCGCUAGGGUGACGGUUGCCUGCGACAGCGCCAAUAGAACCUACCCGUUGUUCGUCACAGCUCGACAGCAGAAAGGGGUGUUCUCGUGGCAACUGCCAAUGCUGGUCCAGACCCCGGUAACCACGGAACAGUUCACUAGCAUAUCCAGAACCCUCUGCCCUCACAACAACAUGUUCGAUGAAGACGCCGAGGCCUGUGAUGCACCCUCCCUGAACACGCCUAUAGUCCAUCUGACGUCGUCCUCGUCAGAACAGUUGAAAGUCACCAUUUUAGUGGAAAAAGUCCAAGAUUUCUACAUUAAAAUCAAUCAGACCAUCAACAUAACGGUCUCGCCGAGCCAGCCUAAAUACUACUUCUAUCCAUUCAAAAAGGGCUCAGGGAAAACGGUGGAUUUUGACGAGCAGAAAAUGCGUAAGGAGUACAUCUGUGGCGCGAGUGGUGGGAGGGGGCAUGGCGAGGUGCAGAGGAACGAGGUUGGGUACGGGUGGCUCUCCCGACCCGAGAACGUCAUAGUCAUGAUCGAAUCCGACGACGAGCUUUGCGCUGUCGUCUCCAUACAGAACUUCUCGUGUCCCGUGUUCGACAACGAACGCGACAUACUGUACGACGGGUACUAUUUAACUAUGACGAGACGAGGAGGGAUCACGCUCACUCAAGACACGUUUCCGAUCGGCUUCUACAUAGUGUUCAUAGUCAAAACAUCGGACGAGGAUUGCAAGGAGCCGGGGACCAAUGGGUCCGUGCCCGCCGUGGCGCGUCUGCUGGGCUGGGGGGACAACAUCCAAGUCAGUAGCACGGAGGGUCGGGUCAAGAAUUUUAGGUUCAAGAUCGUGGAGACGAUAUCGUACAGAGAGUACUUGAUAGCCGCCGGGGCCACUGUGCUAUUCUACGCCUCCUUCUACCUGGCCUUCUUCGUCUUCGUGCUCUACCAAAGCAGAAAGUCCACGGGAGUGGAGCACCAGGACCAGGAGACUAUAGUGAGGUCUUCACACGGCAGUGAGGGGCAGAGCUCCGGAGAGGGACCGUCCCUCCCGCGGCCCACGGAUGGAAGCUCCGUCGAUUCUCAGUCAGACACGGAGUCGGAGUACUCGACGCUGGACGACGUGACCACGGACAAGGAGCUGUACCGAUACGGCACGAAGCUGUGCCUGGCCGACCUGUCUAGGUGCCGCGCCCGGGUGCUCGCCACGCGCUCCAACCGGUACCUGUGGACCGUGCUCACCGUCUCCGUGUUCUACACGCUGCCCGUGCUGCAGCUGGUGGUCACCUACCAACGGCUCCUAAACCAGUCCGGGAACCAGGACCUGUGCUACUUCAACUUCUUCUGCGCACAUCCGCUGAUGAUGCUGUCCGACUUUAACCACGUGUUCUCGAAUCUGGGCUACGUGGUGCUUGGGGCUCUGUUCCUGCUGCAGGUCUGGAGGAGGCAGAGGAUCAUGAGAAACGAACCAGAGGAAAAGAAACAGAAAGGCAUCCCCCAGCACUUCGGGCUGCUGUACGCGAUGGGCGUCGCCCUGAUUAGCGAGGGCUUUCUGUCGGCUGCCUACCACGUCUGCCCCAACAGCAUGAACUUCCAGUUCGACACGUCGUUCAUGUACGUGACGUCAGCGCUCUGCAUGGUGAAGAUCUACCAGUCUCGGCACCCCGACAUCAACGCAAGAGCACACGCCACUUUCGGGGUCCUGGCGCUCAUCAUAUUUAUAGGUCUGGUGGGUGUGCUCAACGCGAACGUUUACUUCUGGGUGGCCUUCACCGCGCUACACCUCCUCACCUGCUUCUUCAUUACCUUCCAAAUAUACUACCUGGGCAGGUUUAAGCUGGACAUGGGGUGGGUGAGGGCCGCGAGCCGGGGGGCCGCCCUCCGCCCCUCGCGCGGUCUCAUGCUGCUGCUCGCCAACCUGAUCAACUGGGGGCUGGCGGGAUACGGGGUAGCGCAGCACUCGCGGGACUUCGCCUCCCACCUCCUGCUCGUGCUGAUGACCAACCUGUUCCUGUACACGCUGUUCUACAUCGUGAUGAAGCUGCUGCACCGGGAGACCAUCACCUGCUACACGUGGGUGUUCAUAGUCCUGACGUACUCGAGCUGGGCCGGGUCUAGCUACUUCUACCUGGACCAGAACACCAAUUGGGCGCUCAGCCCGGCGCAGUCCCGGGAGCGCAACGCGGCGUGCAGCGUGCUGCGACUGUUCGACGCGCACGACGCUUGGCACGCGAUGUCCGCCGUCGCCAUGUUCCUUUCCUUCAACAUGUACCUCACGCUGGACGAUGGGCUGGCCGGAGCCGACCGCGCGCGCGUUCCCGUGUUCUGAGCCGCCGCCUCCCACGCGGGCCCCCACCGACCCCCACGCGCCCCCACCAGCCGUCCAGCCACUAAUUGCACGCUCUCUCAAUUGUUUAUAAUAAAUGAUAAUUCUUUAAAGAAUUAUAAAUCGUAAUUUAAUCGAUGGCCUUAUGUUUUUAUUUAAACGAAUUUAAAUUAAGUAAUUACUAAUGAUUAAUUUUAUUGUAAAUUAUUAGGAUCUAAUAUUUUUUAUAUUUGUGAUUUAUUGUAUAUUUUUAUUUUUAGAAAUAAGAAGAGUUGAGCGAUUUGUAGAUUUGUGGAUGCGCAUUAAUGCUCAAGAGUAUAAACCAAAGCUUAUGGAAAUUAUUGUAAUCAUAUACUUAAUUGAGAUUAGUUUAAAAUGAUAUGUAUACGUGUUCUACUAUGAGGGACCUGGACGCCGGGGGAGGGGGCGCGAGUAAAGCCGUGUGUGUGACGUCAUUAUGGUGCUUUCUUAUUUCGUAAACUAUUUUACAAAAGUUUAAAAGUGUAUAUUUCGUAAUCGUGCUUAAAUUAUAUGAAAGUUGGAACUCUGGGCCAUGUCUCAAUGUGGCAAGAUCGUAACUGCUUGAUAAAUAAAAUACUUUGGUACUGUUGAUGUUUGGUCCUACCAUAGACAGUUACAAUUAGAGAGCGCCAGUCCGUGGACGCCCGACCUCGCGUGUCUCACGCGAAGCUGGUGUGGUCCCCGGGCGAUGCCUCUUGUUGUUGUUGAAGUACGAAUGGCGUUUACUUUUCUCCUUUUUUUUCUACUGCCUUUAAAUUAUUAAUUAUACGGUACGAAACAAUCGUGUUGUAAUUUUGAUGAAAGUUCUUAUUAUCUAUAUUUCGUAUUAUGAAAGACUCGCUUGUGAUCUUAAAAAGUAAUAAAAAGUUUUAUACGUAGAA